UAUAUUUUUGCUUGCAUGUACACAACCAAGUCUCCUUUCAGCUCUGCUCGCGCAAACCAGAAACCAACAAUCUCGCGACUUUUUUUUUCCUCUUUAUUUUAGUGUAGAAAAAUCUCGCAAACCUAAGCGAAAAACCAGGCAAAAUUGCAGCAAACUGUCGUCGGCCGUGGAGGGGGGUUGACAAACCCUAAACUGGAUUAACUUCAGCAGCAGAAAUGUGUGCGGAUUUGUGAUUUUGCAAACGCGAAAAGUGCGAAGGAAUUCACGCGAAAAAGCUACGACGAUUGGCCUGGGGAAGGGAAGGAAGUGUAAUCUGUUUUAGUAAUUAAGGCCAGGAGCAAGGAAAGCAAGUGCUUGUGCAAGGGGGGACGACCUUAACUGGGGGAUUGCUCGGUUGCGUUCCGUUGAAAGUAAAAGUUACGAAAUGCAGCAAUCCGCUGCCAACUGGGUCUGGGCGAUUGGCCUGGUCCUGCUCGCACUGGUCGUGGGGAACCACCCCUCGGAGAGUGCCCAUCUCACGGGGACGUUCGCCGUGGACGGGUUCUUCCAGUUCCUGAUCAAGUUUGGCUUCCAAAAGACGGAGAAGCACUCCCAGAAAAACACCGAAUCGGACACGUUCGGUUACAUUUACGGCAACAUCACCUCCCCGACGAACUUCACCGUCCCCUUAACUCUGGCGGUCCUGGACAAGCACAACUUCCUCGAGUACUACGCCAACAGGAAUAAUUUUAACAGGGAUGUGGCUUGUCAGCGGAUGUUCGACAAGUUGGACAAGGUCGCGUUCAAUAGUCGGUGUAACAAGGGGGCGGAAGCGGAUUAUUUGAGGAGGGUGCCCUGUCCCAGUGGGAAGCUCUGUCCGGAUGAGGAUGCGCCCGGAAAUGUGGUCGCCGGGAGUCAGUUCACGUACGUGAUUAGCGAUCCGAACGUGCCGAGAUUCUGGUACGUCUCGCUGGUGUCCUGCUACCAAAAUGAGACGACCUGCCGGUGGCACUACUACGACUACCGCCGCUACCACGUGGAACCUCCCCAGCUCAACUUCGACAUCCAGCUGGUCAACGGGAACCCGAACCGGCAGAGCCUGUCCUUCUUCAACCCGUUGCUGUUUCACUUCUCGUUCGAUCGCCAGAACACGCUGGAGAUGUACCUGAUCUUCUUCGUAAUCUACCUGGUGAUGGUCCCGAUGCAGAUCUACGCCGUGCGGUUGCAGAAGCACCCCGUUACGCGACUCUUCACGGUCAGCUUGGUGCUGGAGUUUAUCAGCGUGUGUCUGCUGCUGACCCACACCGUGCGGUACGCGAUGAACGGGGUGGGGAACGAGAAGUUGGCCAUUAUGGGGGAUAUUUUCGAUAUUUUCAGUAGGACAUCUUUCAUGCUGAUCCUGCUUCUGCUGGCCAAGGGUUGGGCCGUCACCAGACUACAGAUCUCCGUCAGCAGUUGGAUACUGUUGAUGGUCAUCUGGAUACCGUACUGUGCAAUCCACGUUCUUUUGUACAUUUGGAAUAGGACUGAAGUCGAUAUCAUCUCGGAUAUCGACGAGUACCAGACGUGGCCGGGAUGGUUGGUGCUAGCUUGCAGGUCCACGAUGAUGCUGUGGUUCCUGUGGGAGCUCCGCACCACGAUGAAGUACGAGCACUCGACGCAAAAGUUGGACUUUUUGCUGCACUUUGGCGCUUCGAGUCUCGUGUGGUUUAUCUAUCUGCCGAUCGUGGCGAUCAUCGCCGUGAACGUGAGUCCGUUGUGGCGAUACAAGCUGUUGUUAGGUAUAACGAAUUCAGCCGAUUGUUUAGCGUACUGUGUGAUGAUGGGACUUCUGUGGCCAAAUCGAGCUGGGCAGUACCUGCUGCUGACCGGUUCCAAUUAUUCAGGAAUGGACGAGCUGGACGAGUUCAACGAGGCGCCCCACGUGGUGCACCGCGGACUCGGCGACUCGGACUCGGUGCUGCGGGUGGCGUGCGACGACGACUACCCGGACGACGAGGACGAGAUCGAAACGCUGGUGCUGAGCACGGACGAUCUGCUGAACAGUGGCAGCGGCGACCAUCCGCCCACGAUAGUGAGCACCGGCGGCAGCAAACCGCUGGUGCUGAACGGGCGAAGUAGGAACCACCUGUAAGUGAAGGGAAGGAGGAAGCAGCAUUUGUUUUUAGGUAAGUUUUUAGGGCUAAAGAUUUAAGGCGAAUCCACACUUUUUAAAACCCGCAAAUGGGACGAUGACGUGCGACGAAAUUUUUGUACAUAUUAGCGAGUGAGGGAGAAACAAAGUUUUUUAUAUGGUCUCUUGAUAAAACGGAGGAAACAAAAUAUGGCCAACAGUGCGACAUGUGCCAUAAAAGCAAACUAAACUUGUUGCCGCUAGCUUGUAGAGAUAUUGGCUAGAGAAAAUAACCAAAUGCUCCACUUGGACGUAGAACAAAGCAUAAAAAAUAGUAGACGAAAAAAGUAGAGAUUUUUUUUUUCGUUCGAAGCAAAAGUAUAAUUACGAAGGCACCUUCCACUAGCUAAGGAAAACGGCGUGUGAUAUAGGAAGAAAAUAGCAAUUACUACGUAGAUUGAGAUAAAGAGAAAAAAGAGAUAGAGUGUAGCAACCAGUUGUUAUCCACUAUAGACAUUUGGAGGAAUCUAGCAAAUAUUAAAAAAGAAAAUACUUAAUUGGAUAUGCUCCAAAUUAAUGGCAGUUUACGUUGAUUUCCUGGAUAGUUCAGCAUCUUCUCAACUUUAAAAUCAGUCAGAUAAGCUGGUGCGUUCGCUAUCAACUCACACAAAAGAAAUAUUUUCAACGAUACUCAACGAUUUGUGGUUUGAAAAAUAUGGAAAAAUCUGAAUCUGCAUUUUUCCGCAGUUGAAUACCAGCUUUAAAUGACGGAAAAUCUCAUCUUUUGAGCUGACGCACAAGAUGGUUGAAUGUCAUUUAGUACGUCCCAGUCGCGACGUUCUAGCAGGAUUCUAACAGGUUUCUUACAGAGCUGGAUAUUCUUACAGCAUUCUAGCAGGUUUGUUCCACCGUUCGAGCAGGAUUCUGACAGAACCAGCUCUGCUAGAAUAUUUCGUGACUGGGGUACUGCAACUUGAUAUGUUGUAGUUUUAGUGCUUCUCUUGGCUAGAAUCUAUGUAUCUAACACCUCGAAAAAAACCGAGAAAGUCGGGGGAUCGAUCGGAUGAACCUGAUGUUUGGAAUAACUCGAUUACAACUCUUUUGUAAUUCAUUAUUACAAUGAUUUGUAAUUAACUGUUACUUAGGAUUACGUAAUCCUGACUUACAAAUCGAUUAAAAUUUGAUGUUACAUUUGUGUAACUCUAAAUUACAUACUGUAGAUUUGUUAUCACUAUCAUAUUUCUUCGUAACAAAAUCAAGCACACUCGAUAUUUUUUGAAUGAUGUUGAAAUCCGCAUCCUGCCGUGCUCCUGAACUUAUACCGAGUUUUUCGCGACGUGCAUCGCAUCUCCCUCUUUCGGUUGGGGGGCUGCUUCUCCGAUGAUUUCUUUGGUUGCAUCGCUCCUAAUAUUUGUGUUGUCGUUUCUUUUCGGCUCCUGAACUGUUUAAGAGUGCUUCACUUCCAUUUGUAGUUUUGUCUCACUCCUAGGUUUUCACGAGUGGGGAGGAUUUCUUAAAUUAAUAACGCCGACACGUUUAGUUUACCUGUCUAUCUAAAAAGUCACCUGAGACACCUGAGCUCCUAAAGUUUUGCUAAUUGUACAUUAAUCGAGCAAAGUUUGUGUCGUGGCCUCUCAGAAGUUGAUUGUGGUUUGUUAUUAUCUGCACCACUUGAUUGUCCUGCCCGUCUACUUUUUCCGCUGCGUCCGUGUAGUUUGAGUUUCCCAUUGUUUGAUUACUCGUUUCACUGUUUCCGGUUUCCGAUUUUCGGUAUUGUAACAAUUUUGCAGGCAUUUCAGGUCAUGAUCUGCUAGCCCCUCAGCGAUUUUUGCAUUUUUCAUAAACCUUGUGAGCUCAUAGUUACAUAGAUUAUUACACACACCGCUGAAAACAUCAACUUUUUCUUCACUCUCUUCUGGCAGCACUUGCUGCUCCUGCAGAAAAGAUUGAAGUAGGCGUCGCGAUGCUCAUGCAAACAAGCAAGCUAAUGGUUGCCAGAACACUCAACCCCCGGUGGUUGGUCACUUUUUCGUUUGACACUUUUUUUAGUUUGUAUUGCCCGUAUUCCCGAAAAAGACUCGCGGCAUACUAGCCUCGAAACGACGCGCCGCACUUUCGGCAAAUGCGCGCUGUUAAAUCCCAUACUGCGCGUUUUGAUUUUGUUUAUCUUCUUCUUCGAAUCGCUUGCCAUUGCUGCCAGGUAUGUUUUUUAUUGCACGAAAAGUGCAGAAAAUCGCUGGCAACAAUGUUUAUGGCACAUUCUGAAAUGCCGCGCGGCGUGUACCUUUGAAAGAAACGGACAAUACCUCGUUGGUUGCUCAAAGUCAAACUAAAAAGUGACGAACUGUCACUUUUUACACGGCGCUCACGCACACUAUCAAAACGAACGUUCGAUAGUGUGUGUGAACUCCGUGUAAAAAGGGUGUCAAACUAAAAAGUGACCCCGUUCGUUUGACAACAGUUGGUGUCAAACCACCUUUCAGAUUUUAGCGGCGGUUUUAUAAACUCUUUUCGCACUCUUCGACAAAGUUGUACCCUAGAACACGAACUAUAAGCUCAUUAAAUUUUUGAAAAAUGCAAAAAUCAUUAAGGAGCUCAAACUGGCAAAAACCAAAACGCACCGAUCUUACGGGUUAAAUCUCAUUUAAACUUCAAAAUCAAAGCGCCAGGUCCUUUCGCAACCUAUACAGCUCAUAAUGGGGAUUCGGGCUGAGUACACCUAGGGCAGCGUUUCUCAACGGGGGUACCGGGCCUACUUGAUUUACAUGGCAGAGGGUACCAGCCUAGAAGAAGGUUGAGAAUCGCUGACCUAGGGGAUCAUGCUCUGAACUGCCCGCAAAAUUGUUCUGUUUUAUGUUGUGGAUUUGUAUAAAUGGUGUUAACUACUUUUUUGUUCUCUGCUCAAAUGUUAACUUUUGAAUUUAAAUUAAUUCAAAUGAAAAUGAUUUUCAAAAUUGUCUUGCAUUCAUUUCCUGCUGUCCAAAAAUAUUCUAAAUAAAUCUUCAAAACAAACAAAAAAUUAACUGGUUCUAAGUCCUGUAUAGGGAGAAAACCUAGGAAUUUGACAGCCGAAAUCUGGUGUCCACCAUGAGUCUAUCAUUCGUACAUGUGCCUACGGUCUGGUCUGGUUAUCUUGUUUAGCAAAUUUAUGUUUCUCCUUAACCAAUUUGAUGUACACUCAACCCCCGGUGGUUGGUCACUUUUUCGUUUGACACUUUUUAGUUUGCACCCCGUUAGGGGAUAUUUGGGCAAAAUGGACCCUUUCCCAUUAUCUCCGGCAGACGAAACCAUCACCAUUCGAUUCCCCGGAUUUUUUUACAUAAUAAACAUAUAUUUCCAAGUUAUAAUUUCAGCGGCAUCUAAUUCAUGGGGCUGCGGGUCCCUUUUUUCCCAGUGUGCGUUGGUUCGACAAAGUCAAACUAAAAAGUGACGAACUGUUACUUUUUACACGGCGCUCACGCACACUACCAAAACAAACGUUUGAUAGUGUGUGGGAACUCAGUGUAAAAGGGGUGUCAAACUAAAAAGGGACCCCGGGGUUUGAGUGCAUGGACUUUUUUCUUUAAAUAUUUAGUUAUUCUUGGUAGCGGAAGGGGACCAUUCAUGGAAUAUAUUGAUUUUUUUAUUGUUUUUUGCUUCGCAUGUUUUGUCUCCAGAUUUCUUUAAAAUAAAUUAGUUUUUUUUUCAAGGUAUCGACUGACCAUUAUUUCUACUACCUCUCUUGCAGUUUUUUUUUCAUGUCUACCUACCGGCUUAAUAUUUUGUUGGGCAGUUCAUUAAAGGCUUCCUGAUUAGUCUUGUCAUUGGUCGUGAUAUGGGAAAAGAUCCAAUGACUGCCUUCUAGUUAAUGCUGCAAAAUUUUCUGAUGUCGAUUUCCAUGUGGAGAUUUGUUCACUUAACUUUCCAAACGCGAUUGAUUUUUAUUCUCUAUUCAGUAAUGUCGCUAACCUAUACAGAUUGUCGGGCCAGCCGCGUGGCCACCGACUCCAAUUCUCGUAGGCGACGCACAUUGCGUGGAAUUUGAGAAGGGCCACAUUCUUUUUACACGGUACUUGAUACCCGCCGACUCAGCAAUUAGCGAGUUUAUUGGUGUAAAAUAAACUCGGUUUGGCCAAACAGGGCCACGGUGGUGUAGCACAUUUUGUGCUGACAGGGUGAUUGGAGUGCUGGUCGGCACUACCGAUAUCGGUAGCGAUCAAAGCUAAACUUUGAUCUCUUAUCUCUUAACAUUGCUUAAAUUAUAGUACCUUAAUUUCUCAAGCAGACUCAUAUAUAGUUAGCAAAACCACUUUUAAUUUCAAUUAGCAAGCGCCUGAAUCAUCUUCAAACGAUUAGAACACGAUGCGUUUUCAUACCAAUAACGGGCAUGAGAGAGGACACCCCCCUUAUACCACUUUUUCUCAACUCCGAAAUAUCCGGUCCGAACCGGGGCAUGUCGCGAUCUAAUUAUGACUUUAUCUAUAUCUAUGAGACAGUCUGCAGUAUUAAUCAGCGGUCACUUUCUUGUUCUAUUACAAUUUAUUUCCAUAAAGGUAAGGUUUAAAAUAGCUUAUCGCCCUGUGGAUUGCUGUUAAUUUCUUAAGGAUAACAGACUAAUUCUUUUCACCAGGGUAAACGUUCUGCGAGCGUAUACGCAAUAGGCAUUCGGUUGAUCGCCUUUGCUAGUAAUAUCUGAAUAUUGAAAAAAAAAAUAAAAAUAAAAAAAAAUGGUUAUUGUAAUUUGUGCUUAUAUCGAAAGCAAGCUGGCACUGAACUGAUUACUCGAAUUUCAAUUUUUGCUUACAAACCUUCAGCGAAUGUGUUGAACAAAUUCCAACAAACUUUCUAGAAGGUAUUAUCUUAUGUUUUAUACCUCGUGAUGUGAAGAAUGCUCUGAUCAUUUCGCCACUCCACUGCCUUAUUUUAUUUCGAGGAACUGCUCCACGAAAACUUUUAAGGCUGAUUUUAAGAAAACUGUCUUUUAUUAUAUUGAAUGAGGAUAUUCUUAUUUUCUCUCAUUUUAAUUGAUCAGGCUCCUGCUCGUAUUGUUUAUUCUGCUUGUUUUGCACCCUUUCAGGUUUGGCCGUCCUAUAUUUGCGUUGCAUUGAUCGAAUUGCCCUUGUAUAACCUGAAUGGAUUGUAUUACGUCUGUCAUGAUAUUUCAUUCUCGAAAGCGCAUCAGCAACUCCAUCCGACUCAAUUUUGGUGUGGGAUUUUUUCUUUCCAAAUAAGUAGAACAGUGGCGGAUGAUGGUUUGUUCUUACCUUCUUUAAAAUGUCUUGCUAGCAGAUAGGGCUGCUAGAUCUUUCUGGUUGUAGUGUCAAUAUUAUAACUUCAACUUGGUCAUAAAAAAGUCGCUUGAAAUAACUCAUUUUACCAAAGUUCGGCCUGAAAAAUCCUCAGAAUAAAGUUAAUCAAUUAAUAGCGCCAGUUAAAGUACAACCCCUCCGGGACUCUUCAAUAGAGAUAAGUCGACGCGAGGUGGAUUGCUUACUAGUCUAAGUCCGAAUAUUUUAUUAACGCCAAAUUAAGUCCUUGUUACAUUGCCCCGCGCCGUGGCAGCGGUAUUGCUGACCGUGUGUUUGAUAACAUAGGUCGGGAGCGAGCUGCGGGUAAGCACGCAGGGUGGACGGAAAGUGCUGCUGAUGGUGACGAUAUCGGUUGUAGCGUUGGAGUCGAUGAUGACGUAGCGCGUCCUGUAUUUUUUUUAAAAAAAGGUGGGAAAAUCCUAACCUCUAAUAUCAGAUCAUUGCCUCUGAACGAUUUUGUUAUAAAAUCUUCAACUGUUCUGAACUCUUUACACUUUGACGGUUUUGUCGUAAAUCCUUCCAGACGAUCUCCAAAAACACUUCGAGACAGACUGGCGAUUUUGAGUUAUUUUGAUGAAUUUGAAAAAUCAAAUCUUAGUGUAUUACAAAUAUUAUAUGGAAAUUCUAGGAGGUAUGACUGUGAGAAACAAACAAACAAACUCGCACUUUUUCUUGUUUGACAGUUUGCCAAACUCGCCAACUUCUUUGCGGCAAAUUCUCAAACAAAGCGAAAUGUAUGCAGGCUGACGUUUCAGCAAACAGUUGCAGACAAACAAACAGAUCAGACAAAGUGGCACACUGUCGAGUACGAGUUUUUUUUGUUUGUUUGUCGUAGUCUAAUACCUCCUUUAAGUGCAAUAAUAUAUUUUUUAAACUAAUGAUCCAAAUCCGAGUUUUCUCGGUGCGAGGGUUCGAUCGUAGCAACCGGUGCUGACGGUUGGAAAACUUUUUCGCUCUGCGUCAUUUUUGACAAAUUUUAUUUUCUCCCUUUAUAUGCAUUCUUUUAUAAGGAUUUUUUUGUGUUAAAUGGGAAUUUUGUUUCUAAAUAUCGUUGUCGAAAUUAAUUUCGCUGAAAAUUAAAUAAAUCGUUCGGAACUGCCAAGGAUCAGGAACAUGAAAAGUAAGUGGAAGGGCUCAACCAAGCUGGAGGAGGCCGUUACCAGAGCGUUUCAAGAGGCUGUGGUAUAAGCGAAACAUCCGGAAAUUUUUGUUGGGAGAUAUUCGGUGCUAAAGGAACACUUCCACUUCAUCCGACCGGCCUGUGUCCUGUCAAGAUCCUGGUCAGACUAUCGGGACACCACCACCACCUGGCUGUGUUUUUGAAGAUUCACUGUUUCUUGGUGAGAGCUUUCCAUAAUUAUUUGAUAUUUGAUUAUAUUCUCCUAAAUUAUAAUAUUAUAAAUUAAAUAACCCUCCUACCCCUUUCCCACUUUUCCAUUCCCCAAUCCCGAUUUCCCCAACCCCAAUUUUCCGAUUCCCACUUCCCCCUAAAAAUAAAAUAAUUUGCCAAUUUACACUAACACACCACACUUAACUGAUUCGGAGCGUUUGGUACGGUAUGUCCACGCAUCCUUCCUCCCCUGAUGAUUCUGUGAAAUGUGAUCCGUUCACAGAAUCUGUCUCUGCGGUUAAUGCAACGCAGUAGGCCUGGCCGCUUUAAUUUUUGCUAUACAUUUUCGUGGUAACUCGGAUGUACUGCAAUUAUUAAUACUGACAAGAAAGGACUUGGGGCGUAAUCUAACCGCAAGUUCUUCGAUUAGAUUAGCAAGAUUGUGUUCGAUUAGAUUAGAUUAGAAAUCCGAGCUUUCUCGGUGCGACCCCCUGAAUUCAAAGAGCUCAUUCUGACCACGGGAACCCCUUCUCUAAUCGUUUGAAGUGAAUGUGAAUGUGAAAAUUUUCAAAAUGUAUGGAGAAAAGCAACUGCAACUCCCCCCCUCGAACUUGGCCAGAGUCGAAGGACAGAAAAAUUGAAAAAUAAUUUCAUCGGGCUUAAUAAUUUUUAGUCCAUUCAUUGUUUUUGCAAACAGUAACAGAACCAGGGGGCGACAUCUAUAUCUCACUACAGGCAGCUCGCCCGCAGCCAACACAAGCUGACAAGCUUCGGCACCAGAACAAAAGGGAAAUGUCAACUUCGGCUCCAGCACAAAAGAACAGCUGUUCUUUACGGAACCAAAACAAAGCAACUGCGCACUGUAAAAAAAGUACAAAAACUGCAGGCAUAAAAUGGAGAUAAAGAAAUUAUUGUUUUUAUGUAAAAUUUUACCGCAAUGUACUUUUAAAAGUUAGUGUAUGUUUUUGAGGUGAUUUUUAUCAAUUUAUUUGCAAAAUAAACUACUCAAGUUUGGAUUAUUAAGCACACUUUGGGCUGAUGACCUCAUUUAAAGUUGUACUUUUAUCACAUAAAUCGUUUAACUUAACUACUGUGUAAUUUGACUUUUACUACAGUAAUUCUUAUAACAAAAAUUGAAUUAUUAAUAAAACAAUAUUUUUGUUUUCACUGUGCGCAGUUUGCGCGCGUUAUCAAUCUCAAUCACCUAAGAUGGCGGCCUUUAGCAUCCCCCUGAACAGAACCAAACUUUUCGGCACCCUCAGCAAACGUCAAAUCAUCACAAUUUUGUAUGGUUUGACGUUUCUUGAGGGUACCAAAAAAGGGUAAACAAAUCACUUCGUGCAUCGGCCAAUAAGAGCUUUUGAAAUCGGUGUUAUCUCAGACAAGUCGUCGCUUGUGUGCUAUCUUGUGACACGUCCUAUCUUUUUACAGCAGACGUUUCACAAGAUAGCACACAAGCGACGAAAUGUUAUGGUGAUUAAAACUAAGCAACAAAUCGUGACACAUUAGGAUUCCGUGUGAUUUGAUAGUGCCGCACCCGGUUCUGAUUCUUUCCUCUCAAAAGCUAUAGCUAAUCUUCGCAUCCACCAGUAAGUAGCACCCACUUUAGUACGCCGCAUUAGCGCUGGCAAUCUCACAUUCGAGGCGCCAACGGUCAGUAUUACCCGGCCGGUUCUAAUUCUAAACUCGGACAAAAAAAAAAACACACCGCAAAACUGCGAUCGCAAUUCAAGUACCUUAAGCCAUGCCAAGCAAAAUUACUCAACUCAACUUUAUAAGAAAAUAAAAAAUGAAACACCCGCGCAGCCUAAAUCAUACAAGCUUUUUCCGACGUAAUUAAAAAUGCAUUUUUUUGGUGUUGAUUUUCAAAUAUUUGUUUUUGACUCUGAUGAAAACAAACAUUUGAAAAUUGACAGUUACAAAAAAAUACAAUGCGAUAAAUAUAUUUGCGCGAAUUAUUUUUACUACAGAACAAACAUAUUUCGAUGAAAAGAGAUAUUUUAAACCCGCAAACCACUCAAUUAUUCUAUAUGAAAAAAGAAGGAAAAAAAAAUGAUGGAACCUACUACAAGAAUCGAAACACGGGAUAGAUUAGCGUUGUGAUAAUUUAUAUACAUACCCUAACACUAAAGAUUACUAGAAAAGCAAACGAAACGUUGAUCGAUUUGUGUGUAAAUAUUACUGAAAAAAAACUGAGAAUCUUUAAAUCGAGCCCCAUGUUUAGCAAUUUUAGUUAGCGAGAUCUAUAUUAUACGUACCGAGGGGCGGAGAAAAACGGAUGCAAUUACUGAAAAUAUAAAAAUACUCCAAAUGUCGACGUAUCGAGUCGUGUGUUGAUGCUUGGAAAACCCCGACACUUUUUUAUAUGAACCAAACGCGUUUAAAAGUAACUAGAAGUUUUUAUCAGCCAGGAAAAUUCACUUAUUUGUGUGUACAUAUGAACUACGAUUGCUAGAGGAAUACAAAUUUGAGGAAAAUCUUUAAA